UUAAAAAUGCAUUAGUUUCGUACGCACCUGAGACCUGCGCAGACAGAAAUACAUAAGAGUAACGUAUUUUGAUUUCUACUUCGGCUCCAAUUUUUAAUUUAAAAAUAAAAUAGUUUUCCACUAUAACAUUUUAAAACUACACGAUACUAGAAACUGCUGAAGUCACCGAGUGAAAAUGUCCUGUGCGUUGGUGAUUUUUUUCUUUGGUUUCCUGACCGCCGUUUACCCUUAUGAGAAUGCCUCUGUCCAAAAAAAUGGUGUACUCGAUACAGGAAAUAUGGUUUCACAAAAUUCUGAUAAUUCUACUUUAGACAGAAAUAAUAAUACCAAUCACGACCUAGUUUAUCCUAGAGAAUGGUUAGCUGAUCUUUUUUAUCAAUCGUUGGUGACAUUUUCGGUUAAAGAUGUCGGAAGUUCAGCGUGUAAAGUGCAAACGCAAAUGUACUUAAACCAUUUGAAAAAUAAUUCACGUUGGGCGGUAAAAAUGUCAGACUCAUGGGUAAAAUACCCAAAUGGACUAUUGAUUGGCCUUACACAUCAUAUUGGAGUUUAUGAUGAAUGCAUAAAUGUUCAUCAACCCGUUCAAGGUAAAUAUUGUAUGUCGAACAUCCAACUGCAUCCCGUGACAACUGGGACGAAGAAGUUCAGCCAAAAACCUGGUAACAAUGAUCCUGCUUGGGAAGAAAUACUCGGGUUUAAUGAUGUUGGCGAUCAAGUAAGACGAAACCAUGUAAAUAUUGGAAUUUGCAUACCUGAAGCGUGCACUUUUGAAGAUCUUGAGUUUGCCUUACAAAGAAGACUUGACAGUAUAUUUUUAGCACAGAAUGUUAACGCUACGGUUAAAGUCGAACCAUCAUUGUGUUCAACAAAUAAGGACGUGCAUCCGUUUGGUAUGGGAUACCAUUUAACUAGGAUGAUUUUGGUAUUAUUGUUUUUAACAUGUUGUCUAUCAACAAUAGUUCAUCUUAUAAUACUAAAAAAAAUUAAGGACAAUGAGGAAACGAGUAAAUUUGUUACGUAUAUUAAAUGGUUCUCGAUUAUCCAGAAUAUGAGCGAUUUACUUAAAUACGAAAAAAAGAACCCUUUGGAUGUAUUUUAUGGAGUUAAACUUCUGAAUAUGGCUAUAGUUUUAUGCACUCAUAAAUAUUUGUACAUUGUAUGGGGUCCUCUUCAGUAUCCACCUCAAGUAGAAGAAGCAUUGAUGAAUAAAAGACCAUCUUUAUUCGACAAUGUCUUUCAAAACGUUAUGUAUACCAGUUCAAAUGGAGUGGAUCCUUUUUUUUUUUUCAGCGCAUACUUGACAUAUUUUUCACUCAAGUCGCAUUAUAAUAAACGAAAAUCCGGUUGGAGUGAAGUGCCCAGAAAUAUACUUUAUAAAUACUUGAGAAUGGUUCCGGCAUAUGGAGCUGUAAUAUUAGCUACCAUUUAUAUAAUUCCUCACAUGAGAAAUGGACCUUUUUGGUCUUACAAAAUACAACCGGAGAUUGACAGAUGUAAACAUUAUGGGUGGACUAAUUUGUUGUUUAUCAAUAACUUUAUCGGCUACGACAAACAGUGCCUCUUACACAGUUGGUAUAUAUCAUGUCUGCUUCAGUUUCACGUUAUCGGUGCUUCAGUGUUAUACGUGUACUACAAGAGUAAACGAAGGGGUUUAAUGUUAAUGUGGUCAAUUUUGAUAAUAUCAUUAACUACGCCGUUCGUCCUAACGUUCUAUAACCGAUCCAUUGGAUUUGUCAAAUUAAAUUACUCGAAUUUGGAAAAUGUAUUCAAUGACUCACAAGAAUUUAAAGACUUGUACAGACCAUUCUAUACUCGAAUGACACCUUAUGUUGGUGGUCUUUUGGCAGGUGUUUUGGUAGAUAACCUUAAAGAACGAAAAAUACAAUUUUCUAUGACAACGACUUAUGUUGGAUCUUUUAUCACAUUGAUAGUGGUUUAUUUUAUUCAAGCCUAUGCUGUAUUUUUUUAUGAUAGUACGAGACCAUAUAACGCCAUUGAACAUGCACUGUACGCUACCCUUAGUCAUUGCACGUUCACCAUACUUUUUGGCGUUGUAACAGUUUUCCACUCCUCGUGGGGCUACGGUUAUUUGGAAAAUGUAUUUAACAAUCGGAUCACAGUGUUUUUUGGGAAAAUGUUGUACUCGGUGUAUCUGGUUAAUAUAGUCGUAAUCAUGUCAAUGGACUAUAGCCGAAGAUUUGCUGUUUACUUGGGAGAAGAACAAUUGACAAAUAGAAGUUAAUAAAAACAAUUUUGAGGAGGUCGGGCCGAUAACCGUGUGGUUUGACUCAGAAUGCCCCAUAUAAUACAUUAAACAAACUGAAUAAUAAUAAUAAUUAUAAAAAUAUAUAAAGCCAAAUCUAUAAAUUUUUAUAAUAUGCAGGUUUGAUUUAAUUUAAUUAUUUUUUUCGAGUGAAAUAGGUAAGUUUUUAGUGCCUAAUUUGAUAAAUAUAUUUUUUUUAUUCUCGUACAUCGAAUUGCUAACAUUUCUAAUUAAAUUUAUUAUAUAAUAUAUAAUUAUAUAUUAACUUUGAUACUGAAAUGUAUGCAAAUCGUAAUACAAUUUUAUUUAUAAUAAUAAACGUAGCACAAUAUACAAGUUAAGGUGAACAGUAUUUGACAAAAAUUGAUGUAGUAGCCAUUUUUAAUAUGCCGACUAAUUUGAAGAUGGAGAAUUUUUAAGUUUUUCUAGUUAUAAUACUUGUAUUUGAAUUCCGUAGAAGUAAUUUUCUGGCGUGUCUAUUGGACGGAUUCCAAUAUUUUUUUUAAGUAACGCUUACUAUUUUUAACACGCUUAUAUUAGCUUCACUUGUAUGUAUGUUUGUAUGUAACUAUGUAACUAAAAGAUGUGAGAUAGGCAUGGGUGUAGAGAUAGGCAACCGAACGUACAUGCGUGUAUUCAUUGUUGUUUACCUGAAGUUUUCAAGUAAUAGAGACACGUAUAUACUAUAAUUAAAAAAACACGAUUUUAAAGCACAACGAACUAAAAAGUGGAAA